CAUCAAGAUAAGAAUCAGGAUAAGAAUAAGGAUGAGAGUGGUAAUGUAAAAUAUGUUAAAAAAACAGAAGAUACAGAUAUGAAAAAAGAGAAACCAAAAAUAGAAGUAGAAAUAAAAGGAGAUUUACCCAAAACUCCAGGAAAAAUUAAAUUUCCGGAAUUAUUUAAGGAAAAAGAAACCAAUAAUUUACCUCCUCGACUUAAAUCAGAAUUGCCACGCAAAAUGACUUCUCUUCUUACUGCAAAGUUUGAGGAUUCGGAAAAGAAAUCUCAGACAAUGACUAGUACGCAAAUUUGUGAAAAAGAUAAGAUUGAAGUUGAAAAGUCAAUAGAAAAGUCAAGUAAUAAAAUAACUGAAUUAAAUAAUAAAAAUGGUAACACGAGUACGAAAUUGGAGGAUAAGCCGAAAGUUCAAGAAAAGAAAGGGGAUUUACCAAAAGUUCCAGGAAAAUUAAAUGUAAAAGGAAUUUUCAAG